AAUAUUUCUACUGAGUACUGAAUCUCCAUUUGUUCAUUGGUUUUAGGGUUUUUCUUUUUUGGCUUUUGUUCGAUUAAGCUAAACUGAUAAAUUAACGAAUCUCAGAUCCGAAACGCAAUAGAAAUUGAACCAGGAUUGUUUGUAUAUGUAAUUGCACUUACUAUUCUGAUCUUUACAUCAUGUUUUUUGAUGUGUACUUGAAUAGAUUAUGCAAAUAUACAAUGUCUUUGAAUUUGAGUGAGUAUUAAUUGAAGAAUGCAAUUUCCUGGAAUCGGUUAACCUAAAUUGAUAGAUAAACAUAUUUUAGCUUCUAAACACGCAAAAAAUUGAAUUCUAAUUUUUUGUUUGUUUACUUGUGUUCAAUAUGCUUGUUUUUACUUCAUAUUUUAGUUCCUCGAGAUCACACAAUGCGGUUAAAGUUGACUAAGUAUAUAUUAAUAUGAAUUUUUUAGAAAAGUAUUUAUUGAUACGGUGAUCUCUAAAAGAUGAUGAUGAUAACCUAAUAAAAUACUAAACCUUGGGAGAAUUAUGAGAUUGGGUAGUGGUUGAGGUCUUUACUUUCUGGUGUCAAAGGUUCAAUUCUCACCCCGAAGAUCAUUACUCUUCUCCCUCUUGCGUAUAGGUGAUUCACCUAAAUUAAACACGGUGAAAAUUGAACUAUAAAUUUUUGUUUGUGUGAUUCCAUUCGUUUCUCCUAUUCACUUCGCUUUUUGAGGUAUAGCACUAAUAGAAGAGAGUAUGGAGCAUGUUUUAAUUUGAGUGAGUGUUUAUAAAAAUGUUGAUUCAUAAAUAUAGGAGUAGAAUUCAGGAUUGAGAGAGUUAGUUAUUUAAACAAUAUUCUCAAACUUCUAGCCAAAGAAAAUGAUAAGAGGAGAUUGGAAAAGCGAAGAGAGUAUGAAGUUUGUAGGUCGCAAAAAACCUAAAUUGAUGUAAGAAAAAAAAAACAAAUCGAAGACCAAAAAAUUAGUGAAAAAUCGAAAAACAAAACAAAUCUCUAAAAUCUUAAGUAGAUAAAAAGCCCUAGAUCAAAAGAAAACCAUCAAAAACACUAAAUAACGAAAUAAAAGAAAAAAAAGUGAAAAAUACCUAGUAUUUGUUUUUUCCUUCUUAUUUUAAUGGUUGCUUUCCUUUCCUUUUCUUCUAAUGGCUGGUCAAAAUGAGUAGAGAGGAAAAAAAAACGGAUGGAGAAGGAGAAGAUGACCGCUCCCCUUUUAAGAGAAUGAGGAAAAGAGGAGAGGAAGAGGGAUUCUUAUAAGAAAAUUAGAAACUCAAUAGAAACAAGGAGAGUUUUAGAACAAACGAAAAAAACUGAAAAACAAAGGGCAAAAAGUCAAGUCACUGUUCAUACGAACAAUGGAUAAAUAGUAAAUGAGUAGUGGUGAGAAUUGAGUCUAAUCUCAAAUGGAUCAUGUACAACUUUCUUGAUAAGGUCUUGGGUCUGAUUCUUUUGUUCCUCCCCUAGCUUUCCUCACUCAGCCUGCCCUGUUCUUAGAAAAAAUUAAACUACUUGAAGAGAUUGCACAAUGAUCAAAGUUGAUUGAGUAUCUAUUAUGAUGAGGACGAUUGUUGAUGAAUUAAGGAGUGGAACACAGUUUCCAGGAAUGAAAAUGGGAAGUGGAUGGCGUCGAUUUUUGUUUUUACUCCCUGUUAUGAUCUUCUUACCUUAUUUGUUAUCCGUUUUAGAGCUACAUCAAUUUUCAACUACUGUUGAUCAACCUAAAAAACAUGGUAUGAAAGCUAAACAUUUGGUCCUUGGCCCAGUUGCUGGACAGGGUUUGGAUAAUCGCCUGCAUUGCAAAGGCACAAAAGCCCUGAACAAAACUCAAACCGCUUCUGGAAGCUUGAAUUCUGGAGAGAAUGUUGCCUUUGUUACGGUCUUCACUAUAUAUAAUACUUCUGAAAACAACAUUGAGAAGAGAUCUUCUGAUUUGGUUAUAGUUGGAAACACUUCAUACUCAAAGUUAGAGAGAUCAAUUGCUAUCUUGGAUUCAUUCAUUAAAUUCAUCCAGGUUGCAAUGCCCUUGAGUAAUGUGAUCAUUCUUACUGAUCCAGAGUCAGACCUCCACAUCGAUAAAGAAAGAGUGACAACAUUACCCAUCCAAGGGGAAUAUUCACGAGACAGGUUGAUGCUUCAAAGAAUUAGGUCUUACAUUGCUUUCCUGACUGCUAGAUUAGAGGAGCGCAAUAAACAUGUUCAGGGACAGAUGAAGCAUUACAUUUUCACUGAUUCAGAUAUAGCGGUGGUUGAUGAUCUUGGCCAGUUAUUUGAUAAAUACUCAAGUUUUCAUUUAGCCCUAACUUUCAGGAAUAACAAAGAUCAGCCUUUGAACUCUGGGUUUAUUGCUGUUCGGGGAACUGCUGAGGGCCUCCAAAGGGCUAAGGAGUUCCUGGAAGAAGUUCUUGAAGCUUACACAUUAAGAUACAUGAAAGCCUCCAGAAUGCUGGGUGAUCAGUUAGCUUUAGCUUGGGUGGUGAGAUCACAUCCAUCUUUUGAUCCAAGGAGAUUUUCCAAAGCAAAAGCAUUCUCAGAAGAAAUAAAUGGUGCUUCAAUUCUAUUUCUCCCUUGUGCUCUGUACAAUUGGACUCCUCCGGAGGGUGCAGGACAGUUUCAUGGCAUGCCACUGGAUGUAAAGGUUGUACACUUCAAAGGAUCGAGAAAACGGUUGAUGCUUGAAGCUUGGAAUUUCUUUCAUUCUUCUUUGAACUUGGAUGACAUGUUAUGCCUUGUCCUAGGUAGUGGAAGGACAAAAUAUGACUUCUGAACUACUUUUAGGAUGUUCAUUGGUGUCUUUGAUCAGCCAAAUAGAUGAACAGAAUGUCUUUAAUGUGGGAAUAUCAUAUGACGUCUCGUCGCAACAUAUAGCAUCGUCAAGGAAGCCACUAUUUUGGUUUGACACCCAGCUGAUUGAUGAAGGGACCAGUGGUUAAGGAAAUAGCCACUUGCCUUUCCGAAAAGGAACAAAAGUACAAGACCUCUUUUUGUACAAUACUUGUAACAUUGUAAUGAUAAAUUUUUUGCUGUUGAUCUAAGUUUUGCUAUUUAUCGUUCUGACAAGAUAAAAUUUGAAAAAUAUGAGGCUGAAAUAUUGCUUUAACAACCAUAGAAGAAAUAUGAGGAGUACAAGUAAUGUUCAUUGGCAAUGGCAUCUCACAUUUGGUCUUGGUCAUACGGAUACAAAGUAGGAAUUUUGUCCAUCUUCUCCAUCAGUAAUAAUUCAUGAGGGUGUGCUCUGCAGUGUGCUACGACCAUCGGAAUAAGUGAUAACCUUCGCUCCCUAUCUAAUUGAGUAACAGUCCAUCGAUGACACAAGUAUUGAAAAAUAGUAUGAAUCUCUAAAAUUUAUGGUUAUGAAUAAAAGUUAAAUAAAUUGAGUGUUUUGAUAAA